AAAGAGAUGAAUAGAACAGGCAGACCGGACCAUACCAACACAUGGGGGGUUAAAACUUGAGACUGAAAGUUUGGCUCAGAAUGAGCUUUUACUACAAGAAACACACUGCCAUGGUCUGCUGAUCGUAAAACACACACACAAAAAAAAAAGACAGAGAGAUUGAGCUUGAGUCUCUGAACGGAUAUCAGCUGCACAUAUUCAGAUCCCCAUCUUUGAGGCGUCUCAUCUCCAACAGUCCUGGUGACAACGUGCUUUGAAUCAAGGGAAACUUUGGAGGAGUCACCAACCGCAUCCAACGCUAAAGAUCCAGGCACGACAUGGAUGUUCCCUUCAAUCUGUCUCUCUCUAAUCUCUCACUUCCGGUCUCCCCAACAUCUCCACCUCUGGAUCUUCACCAUCCCCUCCCGACCAUCAUCAUCGUCGUGUGUCUCUUCGUUCUGUUCGGCGGCUUUGUGAUCAUUCUGGCGGUGGGCUGUCCGUCUGGCGGGUCCUGGGGUGUGGAUGGUGACUGCGGCCCAGCAGACGGUCUCUCAUGUGGGCAGACUCUGUCCAGCGAGCCCCAGCUGAAGCUCUGGAAGCGUUUAGGCUCAAUGAGGCAGUCGUUCUCCUCUGCGCAGGCCUUUAGAAGACCCGCUCAGCCAUAUGUAGCCCAGAGCAGGAAGCAGUCGGGGUCAAUGCCGCCCGCAGAGUCAAAGCCAAAUGAUUCCCACACAUAUAUUACUAUACCAGCUCUGCUGCAGUAUUCCACUGAGAUAUAAGCGUUGUUGCAUCAUCUAGUGAGCGGUCUUUCUAUCUAGUACCUACAUAGGCAGCAGCCUUCUAAGUGACUGAUUUGAAGUGCAUUUCAUAGGCAAAAACUACAUGCGCCACAGGAAACCUGACUCAAAAUUGAUUGCAGAGGAGUUGUAAGAUUGUUGUUUAUGAUAGUGUGCACAACAAGCUAAAUGCAUAACAAGCAAAUAUGAAAUAAACAAUUACAUUUAACUUAAACUGACUACUUUAUUUAUAAUUGAACAUAC